AUGCAGCCAAAAGUUUCAACCCCGAAGUUGGUUGUUAGCACAAAUCCUCGUCAGGAGACUUCACGAAUACCGUCUAAGCUUUUAAUCCAAAAAUCAAAGCCACGAUCAAGAAAUGCGCGUCGAAAAAAUGUAUAUAUCCCUACGACUCUAACAGUCGCAACUCUUUCGAAGGUAUUGAAGGUUAAAUUAGAUUUCUUGCUAUCGAAAAUGCGACAAGUUGGAAUGACACAAGAAGCGACCUAUGAUUAUAUUCUUACAUCCGACUACGCAAUGUUGUUGGCGGACGAGCUCGGUUAUAACCCCAUUGUAGACGACGAAGCUGCCUUUGACAUACAUGCACCCCCUCCUCAUCCUAACCCUUCUUCGUUGCCCCCACGCCCACCAAUCGUGACAAUCAUGGGGCACGUCGAUCACGGCAAAACCACCCUUUUAGAUACUUUGCGCUCAGCAUCUGUUGCCAAAGGUGAAGCUGGGGGUAUAACUCAGCACAUUGGAGCCUUUUCUGUACCUGUGUCCCAAAAUGCUAAUUCUGUGACUGGGUCUCAGACCAUUACGUUUUUGGAUACUCCAGGACACGCGGCAUUUUCUGCCAUGCGUGCUCGAGGUGCAGAUGUCACGGACAUAGUUGUAUUGGUUGUUGCUGCGGAUGACGGGAUUAUGCCUCAGACAAGGGAAGUUAUUAAUCUGUUGAAGAGAGAAGGUAGUCACGUCAGCUUAGUGGUGGCCAUCAAUAAAGUUGAUAAACCAGGGGCGGAUGUGGAAUCGGUUAAACGAGCUCUCAUGGUAGAGGGAAUUCAGUUGGAAGAGUUCGGUGGAGACAUCCCAUCCGUCGAGGUAUCUGGCUUAACUGGCCAUGGUUUGCCUGAAUUGGUCGAAACUCUUUCAGCAGUAGCGGAGAUGCAGGAUCUUAGGGCAGAACAAGAUGGUCCCGUCUUUGGUCACAUUCUUGAAUCAAACUUUAACAAAGGAAUAGGACCUGUUGCAACUGUCCUAGUUCAGAGGGGCUGCUUGAAAGUUGGAGCUCGUGUAAUUAGCGGGCUUUCUCAGGGGAAAGUUCGUCUUAUGAUGGACUCGAAUGGCAAGUCAGUGAAGGUUGCAAUACCUGGAAUGGCCGUCACCGUCAGCGGGUGGAAGACAUUACCGAAAGCCGGUGACGAGAUUCUGGAGGGCUCCGAAGCUGACAUCAAGAAAGCCCUCGCUAACCGUGUUACAAUGGCCGAGAAGGAGGCUUUGCAUGAGGAUGUUGAAGCUAUCAAUUCAUCUCGGAAGCUUGAUCGUGAUGCACGUGCAGCUGCAGCUGCAGCUGAGGCAGAGAGUCGUCACCUUGCUCGCGAUAAUGCACUUACUGAACCCGAAACUGGUCCUAAGGAGCUGAAACUCAUUAUCAAGGCUGAUGUCAGUGGCAGUAGUGAAGCUCUCGAAGGAGCUUUGGAUAGCAUUGGGAACAGCAUCGCAAUCUCAAAGGUGAUGUCGACAGGUGUCGGUGACAUCACGGAGUCCGACGUUAUGAUGGCUAAAGUUGCAAAUGCAAUUAUUGUCGGAUUCUCUGUGUCUGCUCCUCGCAUAGUUCAGAACUUGGCAGCGCAAAAUGGGGUUCAAAUAUUCACUUCCAAUAUUAUCUACAGGCUUGUGGAAGAUAUCCGAGAGCGCGUCAUUUCAAUGUUGCCCAAGAUCAUAGAAACUAAAGUCGUCGGAGAGGCAACAGUCCUUCAGAUAUUCGAAAUUCAACUCAAGUCCAAGCAAAUGGCAAAAGUUGCUGGAUGCCGUGUCACAAACGGAAAUGUGGAAAAGCAGAAGUACGCGCGAGUUGUACGAGAUGGAGAAAUCGUUUAUGAAGGAUCGUUGGAUACUAUGCGUCACCUUAAGAAAGAAAUCACAGAGGCUCGCAAAGGCAUGGAGUGUGGGCUGAGUCUCAAAGAUUUCUCUGACCUACGGGAAGGAGACAUGAUUCAGAUGUACGAGAAGAUUGAAAAACCUGGGAUUCUAUAA